GUGGCGUAGGCUGCAAACACUCUAGACUAGAGUUUGCCCCUCGAGGGAAGCCACAUCGGGAUGAGCUCUGCUGGAGACGAAGAGCGCGCUGCUGCGAGCGGAGAACAGAUCCGCCCGCCAGUGCAGGAGGGCCGCGACGCGGAGCUUGCAAGUUUGCAACGGCAGAUUUCGCAAUUGGCGGCGGCCCUGGUGGAGGAGUCACUGAAGAAGGAGCCUGGCAGCGUCGUGGCGGAUGCAGCCAGUAGGGGUGGCUGGGUUGCUGCCCCCAGAGGCCAACGAGAAGAGCCCACGCUGCCGCUCGGCGGUGGCGGGGGAUUUCUCCAGCAGCAAACGAGAGAUAGUGGGCAAGGACCACGGUCGCUGCUGGAAGGCGGCUGGGCCAGCAGAUCGGGAGCGAACCCUGUUGGACCAGCCGGAGUGGGCCCGGGCAUAGGACCGGACUACGGGGAAGCGAGGGGGUUAAACCCCUCAGGUGAGAUACCCGUGAUUCGAGGAAAUGGAGAAUACCUCGACGGCUACAGCAGUAGCCACAUGAAGAGGGUAACGGUCAAUGCUCCGCUCCUAGACGGAAAAAGCCGUAGCCACGGAUUUGACUCGUGGCGAAAAUCAUUCAUCCAAGCUGCGAAGACCAUCGACUUGGACGGGCUGUUUAUAGGAGAUGCAGAGAGCAGUAUCCCCGUGGGCGACCCAAACUUGCCGACUUCCGAACUGCUCCGUAGGGGGUACACGAGAGCAGAAGUCCAACGGGGGCUUCAGGCGUUCCACUUUAUCACUACUGCUGUGGUAAAAGAAGCUGACAAAGCAAUUAUCAGCAACUGUACGUCAGCGAAAGAGGUCCUUGCGGAAUUGGAAAAGGUCUACGAUCCGGAGUCACAGGGGUCAAAACAGGCCUUGAUGCGGAAGAUGUUCGACUUUGCAAUCCCCACACACAGCAACAGCAACCCCAUCGAGCACCUCUACUCUCUCGAGCUGCUGUAUGCCCGCCUGCGCGAAAAGGGGCUCAAUGCUGAACAACCCUUCGUUCUCGCCCACUUCGUUGGUUCCCUCCCACCCGAGUACCAACAAGCGAAGUUCCUGUUGGAGACAGCAACGGCGCUGGAUAGGGCCGAGAACGUCAGGAUCGUGAGCACGGUGCACGCGAGCCUCCCGGAGGGAAGGAAGGCCUCGAAGGGCCAGCGUAGGGCGGAGCAUGCUCUCCUCGCGAGUGACGGUGGCGGCGGGGGAGGAGCGCCGGGCCAAGGCAACAGCGACCGCCGCAAGGGUCGCCGCGGCGGCGGCGGCAACCAGAAGGGGAGAGGGGGUGGCGCGAAGGCUGGUGGCGGCGGCGGAGGCGGCGACGACGAUGCGGGUAGCAUGCGCGGUCGCUGUUUCCGGUGCGGCAAGGAGGGCCACCAGGUGGCCAACUGCCCCGAGAUCAACCCCGUGCGAUGUGAGACAUCGCUAGGCGGGGUAGAGGAGGAAGAGGAAUUCGCGACUGAGGAGGACGAGGUUGGGGAGGGCGCGUCGAACCAAGGUGGAGGGAGGGCGGAGAGAGAACCUGUGGAUGGAGGACCAGGUUUCAACCUUGGCACGACGGCAGCCCCAGGGCCCGCGGGGCCGCCCGCGCGCGCAGCGCCGGCGGCACCGCCGGCCGCGCCCCAGGAGUCGGGCGCGGGCGACGCUGGCGAUGGCGCCCCCUCGAGCAGGGAGAGCGCGAGCGUCGCCCCAUCUACCACGUCGACCGGCACGGCCGAUGUGGGCGGUGGCGAGGACGACCGCCGCAGCAGCAGCAGCCGCGGUAGCGGCGGCAGCGGCGGCAGCGGCGGCGACAGCAGUAGCCGCGGUAGCGGCGGCAGUGGCAGCGACAGCAGCAGCGGUGGCAGCAGCGUCGAUGACGGCGGCAGCGACAGCAGCAGUGGCAGCGACAGCGAGACGGAUCUCCCGGCGCUCUGUGGGCCAGAGGCCCGGCGGCUCGCCCGCUUCGACAAGCCGACGGAACUCACCAGCCGGCGCACUAGGGAGAACCCUCGCCGAAACCUAAGUUACGAGUCGCCCCCGUCGCCGACAAGUGCCAAAGCCCUGCUCGCCUCGGUGGCGAGCNUCGCCGGCGGCCCCACCGGCUGCGUCCCAGGAGUCGGGCGCGGGCGACGCUGGCGAUGGCACCCCCGACAGCGAGACGGAUCUCCCGGCGCUCUGUGGGCCAGAGGCCCGGCGGCUCGCCCGCUUCGACAAGCCGGCGGAACUCACCAGCCGNCCGACAGCGAGACGGAUCCCUCGGCGCUCUGCGGGCCAGAGGCCCGGCGGCUCGCCCGCUUCGACAAGCCGGCGGAACUCACCAGCCGCCGCACUAGGGAGAACCCUCGCCGAAAUCCGAGGUACGAGUCGCCCCCGUCGCCGCCCACAUCGGCCCCGUCGCCGACAAGUGCCGAAGCCCUGCUCGCCUCGGUGGCGAGCCUGCCCGACAGCAGCACGGAGGAGUUCACCCGCUGGAUGCGCUCGGCGGUACUUCACGUGGCGGAGGGGCUAGAGGCCCACGCUGCGCGCCAAGAGGCGAAGGAUUUUCUGCUGGGUACGGUGGACCUCAUGCUCAACUCGCCAGACGCCUUCGAGACGGCUCUGACGUCUCACGAGCUAGCGCGCCACGCCCACGCCCCGGCGAAGCGGCACUGGGAUGCCAUACAGAAGAUCCUCGGCUACCUGAAAGGGACGAGGGACCUCGGCAUCACCUACCAACGGGGAUCGGGGUUAGGGCUGGCCGUGUACGUAGACGCUAGCUACGCCGACACGGAGGAUAGGCGUUCGGUGUCAGGGUUGGCGACGACGGUUGGAGGUACCGUAGUCAGCCAUGGUAGCAAGACGCAGAGCAUCGUGUCUUUGUCUUCGACGGAAACCGAGUACAUUGCUGCCGGGGAGAUCGUCAAGGAGGCGUUGUUUGUGCGUGCUGUGCUUUCGUUUGUUGCCCCAGAGACCAGUGGUAGCAGCAUCAAGGUCCUUGAGGACAACCAGGGGGCCAUAGCGUUGGUGCAGAACCCCCUCAGCUCAGGUCGCACGAAACACAUCGACGUGAGGUAUCAUUUCAUCCGAGGAUUGUUUAGGUCGGGG